AUGAACCAACACCAGCACAGAGAGAUGGCAGCCGCCAGAACUGACAGCGAGAACAUCCCAGCCAGCCAUAACCCUCAACACCACAACCCGCCCAAGAUCCUGCCAGUGUCGGGAAAACUGGAGCAGGCGAUGCAGAACAACUCAGGCCUUGUUCGUCCCUCUGCCUUCAAGCCGGUGGUUCCCAAGAGCUUCCACUCCAUGCAGAACCUGGUGGGCCAGGCAGGAGGGGCUGGGAGCGAGGGCAAGACUGAGGCGAGGAGUGAAGGGUUCAGUGAGGGCAGAGGAGGCAGGAGAGGCAGGGACGGAGGAGGAGGCGAAUCAGGAGAGGUUCCAGAGGCCCUGCUCCUGGACCAGGACAGCCCAGUGAGGGUCAGCAGAAGCGAGGGCGGAGGAAAUGGUAACGAAGUGGCUCAGGGAGGGAUGUCCGAUUCAGGGAGAAACUCCCUGACCAGCCUGCCCACCUACACGGGCUCGGGGUCGGGUUGUGGGCCCCCAGCAGUCCUGGGGCCUCUCAGUGCUUCCACCAGCCACAUCAACAGGUUGGGCAUGGCUGGGGCAGCUGCAGGCCUGGACAAGCUGGAAAAGCCUGGCUACCAGAACGGGCUCAGCGCCUCGGACAGUGGCCGGUCCUCCUCGGGAAAGAGCUCCUCGUCCUAUCAGAGGCUGAGCCACCUGAGUGAUGCCCCUGCACCUCUACGACCCUCCCCCUCCUCUGAUGACAUCAUCCAGGACCUCGAGGACCGCUUGUGGGAGAAAGAGCAAGAGGUGCAGCAUAUGCGCAGAAACCUGGACCAAAGUGAGGCAGCCAUCAUUCAGGUGUUUGAGGAGAAGCAACGUGUCUGGGAGCGACAGAUGGACGAGCUGAGACAGAACUAUGCUUCACGCCUGCAGCAGGUUACGCGCCGUGCUCAGCGCUCCCAGACUGCCCUGCAGGCCCAGAUAACCCGUCUCUCCCAGGACAAGAGGAGGCUCCAGGAGGAGAUGGCAGCUCUGUUGGCCCAGAGAGAGGAGCUGGAGAGAAAGUGUCUGGAUUACAGGAAGGAGCAGGCUGACAUCUUACCUCGUCUGGAGGAGACUAAGUGGGAGGUGUGUCAGAAGGCAGGGGAGAUCUCACUGCUGAAGCAGCAGCUGAGGGAGAGUCAGGCUGAGGUCACCCAGCGAGCUGGAGAGAUGGUGGCCCUGAGAGGCCAGCUGAAGGAGCUCAAUGCCCAGCUGAGGGAGCGGGAGGAGGCCAUGCUGGGCCUGAAGGACUCCUAUAGCACCAAAAGUCUGGAGCUGGAGAAGUGUGAGGGAGAGCUGAGGAGGACUCUGUCGGAGGUGUCCAUCCUUAGAGAGAAGCUGGGUGUAUUUGAGGCAGAGGUGCUUAGUUUAAAGCGGGCUCUGAGUGAAGUGAGCAGGGGAGCAGAAGUUGUUGUGAGCCCUAACCUAGCUGCCGCAGGGCUUUUGCCACCAUGGGGAGUUGUCCACUGCCAACGUAACCCCACUGAGCCCUCGACCAGCUCCCUCACCCCCACCUCUGACACCCUGCUGAGUCUUCAGAGUGAUGAAGCCAAAGCCCAAAGGCAGGAGGCCCAGAGACAGGAGAGGCAGCAACGUGAAGAAGCUCAGUGGCGCGACGUGCAGCAGCGGCAAGAUGCCCACAUGCAACAGGACAUCCACAUGCGUCAGGAUGCCCAAAUUCGGCCUGAGGCCCAACUCCGCCAGGAGGCCCAGCUUCGUCAGGAGGCUCACCUCCGCCAUGAGGCACAAAUCCGUCAAGAGGCCCAACUACGGCAAGAAGCGCAGCUGCGUCAAGAUGCGCAGCUGCGUCAGGAGGCCCAGCUGCGCCAGGAGGCCCAGCUCCGUCAGGAGGCCCAGCUUCGCCAUGAGGCCCAAAUGCGCCAAGAGGCCCAGCUACGUCACGAGGCCCAGCUCUGCCAGGAGGUACAACUGCGUCAGGAUGCACACCAGCCACAGCGGGUCCAGGAAGGUCACUGGGAUGAAGCAGGGGAGCUGCGCAGGCAGCUAGAGCAGCUGCAAGCCGCAUUACGCCUGGAGCGGCAGCAACGGGAACGUCAGGCCCUCAACUUUGACCAGGAGCGACACACCUGGCAGGACGAGAAGGAACGGGUUUUGAAAUACCAGGCACAGCUGCAGCUCAGCUAUGUGGAAACGCUUCAGAAGAACCAAGCUUUGGAAAAACGUAUGAGCCAGCUGGGAGCCAAACCAACCACAACCUCCACCAACACCACUAUUACAACUACCACAACCACCUCCCCCACCUCCUCCAAUUCUCCACCUCCACCACCAGCCCUAUCACCUCUGUCUCCUCAGCCCCUACCCUCUAUUCCUGGCCCUAUUGCCCUCACCCUCUCUCCACCUUGUGAGGACCAGAAGGGCCCUCCUUCUCUCCACCAGCUUGCCCCUCCCUGGGCAGGACCCUCACGCCUGGAGAGGAUAGAGUCCACUGAAAUAUAG